AUGUUUUGCUAUGAGAUUCUUCAAGAUGAUAUAGAAUUUAUUAAGGCUUUAAAAGAGGUGCAUGUUUGGGGUUCAGGAUUAACACUUACUGAUGAAGAAAUAAAAGAAUUGACAUUUAUUGUAAUAGAAACUCAGUUACAAAAGAACAACAGAGUUUUGAAAGACUUCGAGUCAAUGUCGUAUCCAAAUGACUUUAUACUUUCUUUUGUUGGAAAUAGGUUGGUUUAUGAAGAGAGGAAGUAUGAUCCAAUUGCUCAAAAACAUAUUUUUGAUACUUUGUUCUCAUCUCUUACAGGAGAAGAAAAGGAAAACUUUAGCAGUGAUUCUAUUGAUAGACCUAUAGCUACAGACUUUGAUGCAUUUGAGCAUUUGACUCUUGAAUUUCUAAAUGCUCUAAAAACUUCUAGAUUUCCUAAUCAUUCAAUCAAGUUGAAGAUUGGUGCCACUAUUAUGUUGAUGUGCAACUUAGAUCAGUCUGAAGACUUAUGCAAUGGUACAAGGCUCACUGUAACAAGGUUUGCUAAUCAUGUCAUUGAGGCUAAGAUCACUUCAGGAAAGAAUAUAGGUGAAAAAUUUGAAGUCAAAUUGAAGAUUCAUGUGACUUUUGUAACUUUUAUAUUUAUUGUUUGCAAGACAUGGUUGUUCGAUGACGAUUCAGUUGAGACUGGUUUCAUGGUAUGUGAGGCUCCCGACUAG